CCUGCAUACAUAAAUCCAUCGAUCGAUAUUUCUUGUUAUGGGAAGGAGCAACUGAAAAUCACCGCAAUUGUUGAUUGUAUAAUUGUAGUAGUUUGUAAAUUAAUUACAUUCUUGAAGAAACGUUAUUCGUCAUGUCGCCACAAACUUAUGGCGUCAAACCUGCCAGUUUUCAGUUAGAAGAGGGUGGCGAAUUCUAUUGUAUUGGAUCAGAAGUCGGAAAUUUUUUGCGCCUCUUUCGUGGAGCGUUUUACAAAAAGUAUCCAGGUCUGAGUCGUCGAAUGGUGACAAAUGAAGAAAGGAAAAAGUUGGCUGAAUUGGGAUUGAAUCAGCAUUGUGUCGCAUCCAGCAUAUCUCUCAUCAGAGCGUGCGAAGUUGACGAAAUUCUGGACGGGAAUGAUGAACAAUAUAAGGCGGUCUCGGUUCUGGCUGUGGAACAACAAGCUUUAAGGGAUGAACGACAAAAGAAGCCGACACAAUUGGUCCCUUCAUUGCCAAUUAGCUCUCAUUUGGACGCUGUACCCCAAGCAACUCAAAUUUGUAGAUCUAGAAUCAAUCAUAAACGAGUUAGGACCUUUCCUACAUGCUUUGACGACACUGAUCCUUCUGCGAUCAAGGAGAACGCUCUGCAACCUGAAGUAUUAGUCCCGAUUCGUCUGGAUAUGGAAAUUGAAGGGCAAAAGUUGAGGGAUACGUUUACAUGGAAUAAGAACGAAAUGCUGGUCACGCCAGAGCAAUUUGCACAAGUUCUUUGUGAUGAUUUGAACUUGAAUCCUACCACAUUCAUCCCAGCUAUAGCUCAGUCUAUUCGUCAACAAGUCGAUGCUUUCCCGACCGACAAUUUAUUGGAAGACCAGAGUGAUCAAAGGGUCAUUAUAAAGCUCAACAUUCAUGUCGGUAACACCGGCCUUACCGACCAGAUUGAAUGGGAUAUGGGGGAAAAAGAAAAUAGUCCGGAGAAGUUUGCCAAGCGACUCUGCGCCGAGCUCGACCUGGGCGGAGAGUUUGUUACGGCAAUUGCUUAUUCCAUUAGAGGUCAAAUCUCGUGGCAUCAGAGGACUUACGCCUUUAGUGAAGCUCCCCUACAAACUGUGGAAGCUCCGUUUCGCCAGCCAGGAGAAGUAGAUGCAUGGGCACCUUUUCUGGAAACGCUGACUGAACAAGAAAUUGAAAAGAAGAUUCGUGACCAGGACAGAAAUACGAGACGAAUGAGACGUUUGGUUAAUACAACCCCAAUGGGAUGGUAAACUCUAAAAAACGCUCUCCAGUUUUGAAUCUCUUCUUCUGAUCUGUUAACCUGACAUUUAUAGAUAUUUACAUAAUGUUUUAUAAUAAGUUGUACAACACUAUUGCCAUCAUAAAAUCUUUACGAAUUUUUUACUUAGGUAUAGUCUGAGUCAUUCAUUGACUGAAAUUUUGUAAACACUCAAUGUUUAUAAGUAUUUUAACCUUACAAAUUAUUGUUUUAAUCUUAUUGUUAGUAGCAUGUUUUGUUUUACUUUCGUAUAAAACAUUAUAGAAAUGUAUAUAGACAAUUUCUUGUACGACAUCUGAAUAAACUCUUUCCUAUAGCUUGAGUUACUAAAAAA